AAAUGUUUCUGUGAGGAGAAAUGAAAGAGGACAAAAUGACUGUAUUACUGGCUGCUUAAAGUAUAGACGGCCAUAUGGUGGAAAAUAACGAAUAUGGAGAAAGACAGUCCAACAUCAUACUCCAUCUCUCAGUCUGGAUCGUCAGCUCCUCCCCCAUGCAUGCGGGGCUUCAUUUCAUCAAAUCCUUCAACUUGGACCACUUAGACUCAGUCGCACUUUUGACAACACUGCAUUUGGGCAGCGCCACAACUUGCGCAGCAGUUCCCCUUCCACCGCCGAGCGGCAAUUUAGUCCUCCAAAAGGCAAAGAGAAGAGAGCGGAAAAGGACUUCUUGCAUCCCAGCAUCCUUCUCUGCCGCCGGCAAUGGAGAGGCAAGUCAAAUUUUGUCCAAAGUGGCACGGUGCUCUUUGGUUUUUGCUAUUGAUGAUCCUUUGUUUCUCUCAUGCCGCUGAAGCCGAGAUAACUUGCAGAUCGUGCCAGCUUGGAAGUAAGUGGCGUGCACAGGAAUUACUGCUGAAAUUCGACACAAGUGAAUCCGCAACGGGAUUGAAGGAAGAAGUUUUUGGACAGGGAGACGGGGCAGGGAGAUCCGGCGCUGCAAGUGCCGAAAGUCGUCGGCUCCGUUGCGCGGCAGGGUCCGCUGAAUGCGCACCAGAACGGGCGCAACACACGGAGCCAAGGCUGAAACGGAAUACAGGCGAUCUGCACGCAAAAGGCGAAACUGGUGUGAGAGAGUUUGCAAAGGUUAAAGUUUCUCAUGUCAAAAUGAGUGGUCAGCAGAAGAGCGGAGAUGCUGCAGGUUUUACCUCUGCCGCUAAGUACAGAAAGCGCGCCAGAAGGAACAGUGAUGCUGAUAAAGACAGACUGCCAGACUCCCAGAGUCAAGACCCGGGAGAGGGCAUGGGCUCGGCGGCUGGACGCAGAGUGACACGCUCUGAGUUGCGCUGGAGCGGAGAGGAGCGGAGAGCCGCUGGUCCAAGGCAGGAGGAGCUAAAACUUAAUAGUUCAACAUUCGCCUUAACCGGGGAUUCAUCUCACAACCAGGCUAUGGUGCACUGGUCCGGCCAGAACAGCAGUGUGAUUUUGAUGCUGACCAAACUAUUUGACUUCAAUCUCAACAGUGUGACUGAGAGUUCAUUAUGGAGGUCAACUGACUACGGAGCAACGUACCAGAAGCUGAAUGACAAAGUAGGAGCAAAGACAAUACUGAGUUAUUUGUACGUGAGCCCUAACAACAAGAGAAAGAUCAUGCUGCUAACAGAUCCAGAAGUGGAGAGCAGUCUACUCAUCAGCUCUGAUGAAGGAGCUACCUACCAGAAGUAUCGGCUGAACUUCUACAUCCUCAGCCUUCUCUUCCACCCCGAGCAGGAGGACUGGAUUCUGGCAUACAGCCACGACCAAAAGCUAUACAGCUCAGUGGAGUUUGGGCGGAGGUGGCAACUGGUGCAUGAGAGAGUGGCUCCCAAUCGUUUCUACUGGUCGAAAAUGGGUUUGGACAAAGAGCCAGGCUUAAUUCACCUGGAAACCAGCAUCUCUGAAGGACAGGCGCUGUAUGUCACCUGCAAGCUGCAGAACUGCACAGAUGCCAACAAGGGCAAACCAUUCCCCGGCUACAUUGACCCCAAUUCUCUGGUGGUGCAAGAUGAGUAUGUGUUUGUCCAGGUGUCGACCGCAGGGAGGCCAAUCUACUAUGUGUCUGCUAAAAGAGAUGUCUUCACUCCCAUGAAGUUACCCAAGUACACCCUGCCCAAGGACUUGCAUGUGAUCAGUACGGACGAAAACCGUGUGGUAGCAGCCGUGCAGGAGUGGAACCAGAAUGAAACUUACAACCUGUAUGUGUCAGACACGUCGGGGGUCUACUACACCCUGGCUUUGGAGAAUGUGGUCAGCAGCAUGGGCCCUGAGGGCAACGUCAUGGUCGACCUCUAUGAGGUAGCAGGAAUAAAGGGGAUGUUCCUGGCCAACAAAAAGACGGAUAACCAAGUAAAGACGCACAUCACUUACAACAGAGGAAGAGACUGGAGGUUACUGCAAGCCCCAAGCAAAGACCUGAGGGGCAACGGCAUUCACUGCGUGCUGCCAUACUGUUCGUUACAUCUCCAUCUUCACGUGUCUGCAAAUCCUUACACAUCUGGAAACAUAGCCAGCAGGGAGUCAGCGCCGGGGAUCAUCGUCGCAUCAGGCUCCAUUGGCUCAGAGCUGACCACCAGCAACGUCAGUGUGUUUAUCACCUCUGAUGCAGGAAACACGUGGAGACAGAUCUUUGACGAGGAGUAUGCCGUGCUGUAUCUCGACCAAGGAGGAGCCUUAGUCGCAAUAAGGCACACUCCGCUUCCCAUCCGACACCUGUGGUUGAGCUUUGAUGAAGGACGGCAGUGGAACAAGUACAGCUUCACCAACACGCCUCUGUUUGUGGACGGGGUGCUGGGAGAGCCUGGGGAGGAGACCCUCAUCAUGACGAUAUUUGGACACGUCAGUCAUCGCUCGGAGUGGCAGCUGGUUAAAAUAGACUUCAGGUCCAUCUUCAACAGGAGGUGUACAGAGGCGGAUUAUCAGACGUGGCACCUACACAACCAGGGCGAGCCUUGCCUCAUGGGAGUGAAAAGAAUCUACCGGAAGCUGAAGCCCACAUCCAGGUGCGUUAUGGGAAAGACAUAUUCGGUAUCCAUGACGUCAGGCCCCUGUGACUGUACGGAGGCUGACUUUGAAUGUGAUUACGGCUUUGAGAGACGGACCAACGGCAAGUGUACCCCUGCCUUUUGGUUCCAUCCAUCAUCCGUGUCCAGGAGUUGCACCACGGGGAUGACUUUCCUUAACAGCACUGGCUAUAGAAAAGUGGUCUCUAAUAACUGUACAGCUGGAGUCAGCACAGAGUACACAGCCAAGAGGCAGCACUGUCCCAUCCAAGCACCUAAAGGUCUCCACCUGGUCACAAGCGAGGGCACUCUGACAGCCACGCUGGGCACCAAUGUCACCUUCCUUGUUUUUCUGGAGGAGGGCGAUGGGGCGAGGACAAGCAUCACGCUGGACUUCGGAGACGGCCACGCUCUGACAUACUCCAACGUGAGCUCCAUUGAGGACGGGAUCAAGCACAUCUACAAGGCUGUGGGGAUCUACCGGGUGACUGCCACAGGGGAGAACAGCCUCGGCUCAGAGACUGCCAUGCUCUACCUGCACGUGACAUGUCAGCUGGAGUAUAUCCAUCUCUCAGCUCCCUUUGUGGCCGUGAGGAAUAAGGAAGUCAACUUGACUGCUGUUCUGUGGCCCAGCCAAGUGGGAACGGUCACCUAUAUCUGGUGGAUCGGAAAUAACACUGAGCAGCCAGUAAUCACCCUUGAGGGAAGUGUGGCAUGCACAUUCUCCCAGGAAGGCAUCAGUACAGUCACUGUGCAGGUGUCUGCAGGGAAUACUAUUCUACAGGACAGAAAAACCAUUGCUGUCCAUGAAUAUUUCCGAUCUCAUCUGCUUGCCUUUUCAUCAAACCUGGACGACCACAACCCUGAUGUUGCAGAAUGGAGGCUGGAUGUGAGCCGAGUUAUCAAGAACUCUCUGAUCCAGGCCACAGGUGUGAGAGAGGAGCAGCUUCUAGUCACCGUCCUCCCAGGUUUACCCACCACAGCAGAGUUUUUCCUCCUCCCUGACAAACAGCUAACUGAAGGGAAACCAGAGAAGAGCUCUGCUCAUUUAGAUCAGCUCUCAGAGGUUUUGCUCAACGCAUUAAAUCAAAACCUUGUCCAGUUCACGUUGCGGCCAGGGGUCCAAGUCACUGUGUACGCAGCACACCUAUCAGCAGCGCCCCUAGUGGACACCAGCGAGAACCACAGUGGCUCUGCCAUGCUAAUGCUGCUAUCAGUGGUGGUUGUGGGAUUAGCUGUAUUUGUUAUCUACAAAUUCAAGAGGAAGAUCCCAGGCCUCAACGUCUAUGCGCAGAUGCAGAAUGAAAAAGAACAAGAAAUGAUGAGUCCAGCUAAUCCAACAGAGGCCACGCCCAGCUCACAGCAGGACUUGGUGCAUUCUUUGGAGACUCUGGACACAGAGUUUAACUCACGGCCCAUCGAAGUGAGAUGGUCCAGUCAUGGGUUGAACGAGGGCUAAACAAAAAUGAGAUGUAUGAAACCUCAUGUACAUGUGAAAUUCUCCACAGAACUCCCCACGUACAUCGUCUAAUCUCUUGACUGGAUUCCCACUCCAGCUCUGUCAUGGAUAUUUUUUUACCAUUUGGGACACAAUGGUUUUGAGCUUUAUACCUGUGCAUGUUGGACCCUGCUGACACAUACUGUGCUCUGUUCAAACCAGAAGAAACUGUGUACAGGUUUUCGAUUUUCUUUCAACAUAUGUCUGAUGAAUUACACAUUUUAAAAAUUCGAUUUAUUUAUACAAGUCAGAUACAUUAUUCAGAGGGAACGCCAGCAUGAAGUAGAACAGUGUAAAAAAAAAUGAAAUAAGCAACAAUGUUUUGGUUUUGCUUACAUAUCUGAGAAGGAUUUGCUGUUCUAUGAUGCUAACAGCAGUACAGUGUUAUUUAUUCAUAAGAAUAUACUUUUAUGAAGUAUGUUAUUGAAGUGAAUUACACAUUUACUUUGUAAAUCAUGAAUGUCUAUGUUCUAAAUUUGUGUAUUUUAAUAACAAAUGUCAUACUAAACAGGAAGGCUGUCAUAAAAUAUGAAUAGGGUACUUCAAAGCUUUUGGUCCAUUGUCUCUUGGAAAGCUGAUUUAUGGCACAAUACACAUUUUGUACUGAAAUAUUCCUUUUUUUCCCUGAUUUUUAUUUAUUAACAGAAAUACAGGGUUUGGAUUUAUGGAUUAAAUCUAACGCUCUUAAUCUAACGCUUCUGGUCCUAUUUAUGAUACAUACCAGUUUGUAAGAUGUUUUAUGCUUCAUAAUAAGACCACUCGAUGGCUAAGGUGCUACAGUGUACCUCUGACUGUAAGUGAUACUCAAAUAUCACCUCUACACCGUUUUGGAGUUGACGAAAAAAUGGGAGAACAAUCCCACAGAGAAAAGUGUUCCAAAGUUCCCCUCAGUCAUACCCUGAUCACGGCCAACAUCCCUACUCAAGAACGAUUUAUCAAGGCUCAGAUUUAAGGUGGCAGCUGGAAUGGAACUACUUUGUGGGUGAAUCCAAAGAGCAUGGCAGUGAGAAAGAGAGAGACGGAAGAGUGCUUUUUGGGGUUGCGGUGCAUUUAGAGUCUGUUGGAUAGAAUAAGAGGAGGCUGACUUGUUGAAUACUUAAUGUAGGCAGUCAAGCUCAAGGCUGGCUAAGGUUGGUGACACAUUUAGGCUAAUAUCCUGACCCACUCUUGAAUAGCACCCGUCUUCAUCCCAGCUCAUUAUAUUCUGCUGUAGGAGCGAGGGAACCGGAGCACGCAUGCUACCAGGCUACACAGUCUGCUUGUUCAGAGGACUGUCAAGCCCUGUGGUAAUUUGUGUGUGAAAUCUGACAGAUAUAAAUGGUUGAUUGAUGCCUUUCAAAUCUUUGGAGGAAACUCUUCUGGAUUUGAGGAGAUGUAGAAAUGCAGAGGAAGUUUGGUUUUGUCAGAUAUGGAUGGGUUUUUUUUUUUCUACAAUUGUUCAGCCAUAGCUGUACAGAAAUCGCCACAGUAGAUGCACCUGCAACACAAUCAGUGGAAAAUAUAACCGUGAACCAUAUAGAAGACUGACGAUUAGAUACAUACUUAUGACAAACACCAGCUCAUUUGACCACCCUAACAGUGAAGACCCACUGAAGGCUAUGUUCUUAUUGCAAAUGGGAUCCAACAGUGUGUGUGUGCAUUUGUGUGUGUGUUGGGGGGGGGGGGGGCUUUAAAUGCAUUAUAAAUCAAAAUGAUGGGACCUAUUUGUGUCUUUACGUAACUGUAAGGCCCCAUCUUUUAGAGGAGGCCUAAUGUAACAUCUGGUCCGCCUUGAUUUCAGAACAUAUACUACAUGAUACAUUUUCAAGUUACCACCAAAUAAUUAGUUACAAAUACAUGCACAAUGCACAGAGUUUUGGGGAAAUGGGUGCGUCAAAAGGGGCCUACAACUUUUUUUUUUCCCAUGAGCCCUCGAGUGCAUCUGAGGGCUCCCAAAGAUGGAGUGCAUUCCAUCUUUGGUUUCUUAUUUAUUUAACAAACAAGCUGUUUAGGACAGCAAGUUCUCACAGUGACUAGCAAACAGUUGCACAGGCAUUGUUUUUUUUUUUUGUUUUGUUUUGUUUUGGCUUUCCACUGUAACACACAUGGCACAUGCUGUACAGACAGAAAGAGCAGUGUUAGAAGGUGACGUGGGUAAAUCCAAGGCCUUUCUUCCGUUUUGGUCUUUUUAUGUUAAGUGGAGUGAAAACCAACUUUGUUCUUCUGUGAAACAAGGAGAUCUAAACAAGCAUAUUCGGUUGUCGGUCCCAAGGGUACUUGCAUUAAUUUGAACCAGGGGUGGGGCUUGAUUAAAAAAAAUAAUCUAAUUAACUAGAAGCUUUGUAAUUUGUUAAUCUCAAUUAAUCGCCUCUUAAUCCCAUAACAAUAUUUGCCCCAAAAGCAACAUUUUUCUUUUUACCUCUUACACCUCUUGUUCGUUCUCGGACCGAGACUGCUAUCACUAACAGCUCCAGCGGUUUCUGUGCUCGCUGCAACAUGCUUUGCAUUUAGAUGGUACCAUAGAGUUGAGGUGCUUCGGUGGUAUGCAAACUCUUUUUUGCACAAUUUGCACGAAACCACGCUUUUAUGGAGGCUUCCAUCAGGUAGUUUUUUUAAAUGAAAUUUGCCUUCCAUCAGUCCCAGCAACAUGCUUUCAUCUGAUUUCUCCAUUUUAGUAGGCGUUGGCCGUGCCGUGAUGUGUGCAUCAGUGUAAUCACUGUACCAGGAAAUCGUGUUCUGCAUUGUUUGGAAUGCAAACUGCGAUUAAAUGCGUUAAUUUUUUUGAUUUUUGUAAUUAAUUAAUCGCAAAUCGUUAAAGUCCCCACCCCUAAUUUGAACCUUUCUCAACCACAGUCUUCAAGUAGUGGUGGACAACCUCACUGUUUUCCAUACCCUGAUCACCCCUAUGAACGCCACCUUCUUUUUGAGAAUGAGUUCACAAUGACCGGCAUCAUGUUGAGUUUCCAGUGUUUUAGACUAUAUGUGUGAUGUGUCAAGAUGCCACCGGUGUGCAUUGCCUUUAAUUACAGUGGUUAACAUUCUUUUAGAUGAGGUGUGAUAAAUAUGUUUAGAAUAAAUUGUUUAUAUUUCAAAGCUGCAUGCGAAGAUGAUUUUGGUAACAAUCCUGGGUCCAUCUUCACUUCUGUUCUAGCUGUGUGUGUUCCAUCUGAGGCGGCAGGACAGGAUGUGUACUCAGCUAGGAGGUGAUUUACCUUGUUUAAUUGCAUGGUAUGAGGGUAAUUUUACACAGUGGUGGUUGGAUUUUUGUAAAUCAGCAACAUCAAUGAAGUGUCUAGGAAUGUAGCAAUACAAUAAUAAUUGGAUUUUCUAUGCUUAUAAAAAUUUAAGGAUUUUUUUUCAGGUUUUGCAAAGUAAGGAUUUAAAUUUGCAUACUUGGAAGAUUAGCUCACAACUUCAGAUUCAGAAAGGGUGUUCAGGCUCUGAUUUUAACACCUCAAGGGAUACAUACAGUAUAUGGUUAAAUACAGUGACCUAACUUUAACACUAGGUAUCAGGAAAUGACUGGUGGAGAUCUGUCAUUAUAGAAGCACCUUCUGCCUUUGAGUUUCACUCGGAGGAGGACUGCUCCAACAGAUAGGAAGUCCUCCUAACACGAGGGAUCUCCGGCCUCCCAGCUGGGUCAAACUAUGAUGUGACAGCACCCAAGAGAGUGGGAAACAGCAUCAAGUUGUACAUAAGCCUAGAGCUACACUUUCUCCCUCUCUCUCCCUCUCUCUCUUCACCUCCUCGCAGAAUUAGCAAAAUUAUUAUUUUUGUAGAGAAAAAUGAAUAAUAACAAAAAAAGAGUUUUAUUACUGUACAGCUUUUGUAUAAGAACAGAUGGUAAGGUGUUACAGUGUUUUUGUUUGACCUCAACUGUGCUGUGUGUAAUUGUUUUAUGCAUUUCUAAUCAUAUUUAUUAAAUGGAAAGAAGUCUGUUAAC